CACCUCUGGACAGAGCUUUAUAAAUCAGGCCCGGUUUGUGCCUGGCACCAGAGCCUAGCUAGAUACACACCGAGAAACAGGCACGCAGGAGCUGAGUCACCAUGAGUAAGAUCACUUUUUACGAGGACAAGAACUUCCAGGGCCGCUCAUAUGAGUGUGACACAGACUGCCCCGAAAUGCACCCCCACUUCAGCCGCUGCAACUCCAUCCGCGUGGAGAGUGGCUGCUGGGUGCUAUACGAGCGCCCCAACUACAGCGGCUACCAGUACGUGCUGACCCGCGGAGAGUACCCCGAAUACCAGCGCUGGAUGGGCUACAACGACUCCAUCCGCUCCUGCCGCACUUUCUCCUAUACUAGCGGCGGCCCCUACCGCAUGCGCAUCUACGAGCGCCCUGACUUCCAGGGCCAGAUGAUGGAGUUCAACGACGACUGUGAGUCGGUGCAGGACCGCUUCCGCAGCCGCGACAUCUACUCCUGCAACGUCAUGGACGGCUACUGGACCAUGUACGAGCACCCCAACUACAGGGGGCGCCAGUACUUUAUGCAGCCCGGCGAGUACCGCAGAUUCAGCGACUGGGGCGCCACUUGUGCCACCACCGGCUCCUUCAGGAGGGUCACUGAUUUUUAAAUGAGAAAAGAGUACAGCACUAUGAGUACUGACCGCAACUUCGGUGGUCGUUCCCAUGAGUGCAUGGGCGACUGCUCCGACCUGCACUCCUACUUCAACCGCUGCCACUCCAUCCGUGUGGAGAGCGGCUGCUUCAUGAUCUACGAGCGCCCCAACUACAUGGGCCACCAGUACUUCCUGCGCCGCGGAGAGUACUCCGACUACCAGCGCAUGAUGGGCAUGACCGACUGUGUCAGAUCCUGCCGCAUGAUCCCCAUGUACCGUGGCAACUACAAAAUGAGGAUGUACAAUCGCAACGACAUGUCUGGCGAGAUGAUGGAGCUGAUGGAUGACUGCCCCAACUUCAUGGACCGUUUCCACAUGUCCGACUGCCAGUCUUGCAACGUCAUGGACGGCCACUGGCUGAUGUACGACCAGCCCAACUACAAGGGCAGGAUGUACUACCUGAGGCCUGGCGAGUACAGGAGGUUCAGCGACUGGGGUGCCAUGAGCGGCAGGAUCGGAUCCAUCCGCCGUAUCACGGACUUCUAAAGAGCUUCAGAUGUACUGGUGAAAUGUCUGCUCUAUGCUUUGUUCCACACACUGAAUAAAAUGGAGUCGGCUCUAA